CCAUCAUCCAUUUUUGAAUCAAUCCGAUAAUCACUUUCUUUCCACGGAACAAACAAUCAUCCUUCGCCAUGUCUGACAACGCUGAGAUCAAGAUUGAGACUGCUCCUUUCGACGCUCGUUUCCCCAACACCAACCAGAGCAAGCACUGCUGGCAGGCGUAUGGUGAUUAUUACAAGUGCAUCAACGCUCGUGGCGAGGACUUUGCUCCCUGCAAGGAUUUCUACAAGGUCUUCAAGAGCAUCUGCCCCAAUGACUGGGUCUCCAAAUGGGAUGAGCAGCGUGAGGAGGGUACUCUCCCUUUCAAGAUCACUGUUUAAAGGAUCAUGAAAUAAUAAAAAAAGAAAAGAAAAAAGCUUUCCCCAAUAUUCAUUCAUAAACCUUUCACUCCUCGACCCAAGUUCUCUCAAAAUUAGAAGAAAAAAAAUGGUAAAAAAGCGUUAAAUGACGGA